AAUAAGGUCAUGCCGUGAUGCCUUAGGCAAGCGAAUGCAUUACUUAACCCCGGAUAUCACGUGUUGCAGCAACAUUUAAAAAAACCUACAGUUGUCAGUAUUUGUUGGCUGCUGUUGAUUGUUACAGUCUUAACCAGAGAGUGGAGAAGGUUUGAGUAGGACCUGAAGAACCGGCGAGCUAAACAGAGACAGCAGAGAGUUUCUCCAUGGCUGUGUCUAAAUGUACUCGACUCAGUGGUCCGUUGAUGAAGCAGGUCCUGGACUCAGUGGACACUGUGCUGUUUGACUGCGAUGGGGUGAUAUGGCGAGGAGAUCAAGCCAUUACUGGCGCCCCAGAAGUGAUCAACUCCCUGAAAAAAGCUGGUAAGCGCGUGUUUUUCGUUACCAAUAACAGCACAAAAACGCGCAAAAUGUAUUUGGAGAAGCUGGGUAAACUGGGCUUCGAUGCCAGCGAGGACGAGGUGUUUGGCACAGCUUACUGUUCAGCUGUGUACCUCAAAACCGUGUGCAACCUCAGUGGCAAAGUGUACUUGAUUGGAAGCAAUGCCAUGAGGCAAGAGCUUGAGGCGAUGGGAAUCGAGCCAGUCGGUAUGGGACCUGAUCCAGUCUCAGGAGGGCAGAAAGACUGGGCCAGUGUUCCUCUGGACCCAGAGGUCAAGGCCGUGCUGGUGGGUUUCGACGAACACUUCAGUUACAUGAAGUUGAACAGAGCAUUACAGUACCUCUGCAAUACCGAGUGUCAGUUUGUGGGCACCAAUACGGACACCAGGCUUCCUCUUGAAGGAGGCAAAGCAGUCCCAGGUACUGGUUGCCUUUUGAAAGCCGUGGAGACGGCGGCGCAGCGCCAAGCCCAAGUGGUCGGCAAGCCCAGCAGCUUCAUGUUCAAAUGCAUGGCUAGCCAGUUUGGGCUUGACCCAAGCAAGUGUCUCAUGGUUGGGGACAGACUGGACACAGACAUCAUGUUAGGUUCCACCUGUGGUCUGAAGACUCUGCUGACCCUGACUGGUGUCUCAACAGUAGCAGAUGCAGAGGAACACCAAAGAAGUGGAUGCCCCAGACGUCAAGGGAUGGUGCCAGAUUACUAUGUUGAUAGCAUUGCAGAGAUCUUACCAGCACUCCAAGCAUAGCGGGUGUCUUUGGAACUUCAGCAGAAGAACACGUGGACCGACUUGAAGAUCUUGAGGACUAGAUCAAGACCCACUACAACGGAGGAUUUUAAAAUAGCUGAAUAUUUCCAAGUGAUAUUUAUAUCUGCAAUUUCUCAUCUCUAGUUCUCAGGACCCACAGCCCUGCAAGUUUCGAGUUUCCCCUACUUCACCACACCUAAGAUCCAGUUUAUAAACCGGUUUAGGUAUUUGGAGGUAGGAAAAACUAGAAGUAGAUCCCCACUGUCCAGCAUUUUGUAUUGGACACUGAUCAGAAUAUGUACUGAGUAUUAUAAAGCCACAAAAGAAUACUAUCUGUUAAUAAUCUGCUCCAUCGGCAGGGUCUACCUCUGUUAUUCCACAGUAAUGUUCAUGUGCAUCAUUGUGCUUUUUGCCAGGUAUUGUGUUGGAGUAGUUUUCCUUUAUUCAUUUUUGAAGACACACACACAGGUACAUGUCUAUAUACAUACAUGUACUGAAUACAGAAUCAGUGUGAUGCUUUUUUAUUUUGCUGUACAUUUCAAACCUCGAGUACUGAAAAAUGGCUUGCAAUAAACAAGAUGGCUUACUGGUUGAUAAUGCAACCAAUGUAAUGAUUUGCUCAGAUGAGCACUACCACACAAAACUAAACACAAUGUUCUUUAUAGAGGUGCUUGUUUUUCUUCAUCAUUAAAUUAUAUUUAAACCCG